CCGUCUGAGUUUUUGGUUCUUCCGAUUUUCUUUUAAUGCUCAAUUUUCUUGAUGGUCCCGGGAUUUAUGAUCCGAGGAUCUUAGAUCCGGGUAUCUUAAAAACCGCGGUUAUGAAAAGCAGCGUUUGGUUAUCAAUUUUAUGUUUUCUCUCCCGCUCUCUUUCUCUCUCUCUUGCCAUGACCGCCGUGGUUGUCGGGCUCUCUUCUUCCCAGUCAACAGCGAUGAAGACGGCGAAGAACUGAUACGACGACGGCGUCACCUCCGACGUCGACCGCCCAAAACGUUCAGGCCUCUUCCCUUCGCGUGACGAACCUCCUGGAGAAGAUCCGUGCGAUUUCCCGGCCGCCUAUAUAUUUCCUGCACAAACUCCGGCGUCGUCUUCAAAAGCUCGCUGGCGGUGUCUCCAACGGUUUCCGGCGCCCGAAUUGUGCAGGCGGCUUCGCCUGAGCCGUACGAUCAAUCUGGAUCUCAAGUUGACUUGCUGUGCAUAUUAAUACUGUAAAUUUCGUCACCAUUGAUUAGUGAUGAGACCUAAUGUUGAAGAAUGUGGGACGGGUUUGAAUUGAUCACUAGACUCCUACUUUGUGACUUGAGGGUCGGACAACAUGAGCAAGAUGGGUAAUGGUGGCCGUAGCAGCAUAAUCAGAAAACCGAAUGAGACGAUGAGACUCAUCAUUACAAGUUUGUUUGGAGUUGUGUUUGGCUUUCUAAUAGGAAUUUCUUUCCCUACAGUUUCUUUGACAAAGUUUAACUUUCCAUCUAGCCUUUUGCCUUCCAUUGACCUUUCUUACAUUGAGGAACGAAACUCUGGAUUAACCACACAGACAUUGUUAAAUCAUGCUUGGACAUCUCAAAAUCGUACUAUCCACGUCAUGAAUGAUACUUCGAAGAUUUAUGUUCCAUCAAAUCCACGUGGCGCAGAGACUCUUCCCCCUGGCAUUGUUGUCUCUGAAUCAGACCUUUAUUUACGCAGAUUGUGGGGUAAGCCCAGUGAGGAUCUACAGACAAAACCAAAGUACUUGGUGACCUUUACUGUUGGUUAUGAGCAAAAGGCCAAUAUAGAUGCUUGCGUGAAAAAGUUCUCAGAAAAUUUUACCAUUCUACUCUUCCAUUAUGAUGGGCGAACUAGUGAAUGGGAGGAGUUUGAGUGGUCAAGGCGGGCAAUUCAUGUUAGUGCUAGAAAACAAACUAAAUGGUGGUAUGCAAAAAGAUUUUUGCAUCCAGACAUUGUGGCAGCAUAUGACUACAUAUUUAUUUGGGAUGAAGAUUUGGGGGUUGAGCACUUCAAUGCUGAAAGAUACAUAGAACUUGUAAGAAAGCAUGGACUUGAGAUAUCACAGCCUGGACUAGAACCAAACAAAGGGUUGACAUGGCAAAUGACCAAAAGAAGAGGUGACCGUGAAGUUCACAAAGUAACGGAAGAGCGGCCUGGUUGGUGCAGUGAUCCACAUUUGCCACCAUGUGCAGCGUUUGUGGAAAUAAUGGCACCUGUCUUUUCUCGAGAUGCAUGGCGAUGCGUGUGGCACAUGAUUCAGAAUGAUUUGGUUCAUGGAUGGGGUCUAGAUUUCGCUCUUAGAAAAUGCGUCCAUCCUGCACAUGAGAAAAUAGGAGUCGUGGAUUCCCAGUGGAUUGUACAUCAGGUCGUUCCAUCUCUUGGGAAUCAGGGCCAAGCAAAGAAUGGAAAAGCAGCAUGGGAAGGGGUUAGAGAGAGAUGUAGAAGCGAGUGGACAAUGUUCCAGGGUCGGAUGGCGGAAGCAGAGAAGGAGUAUUUUACGGCGAUGGGGUUGCCUCAGCCCAAUUCUUCGACAGCAAGCUAGAGUAGUUCGUGUCGUGAGCCGAGUAUAGCAUUGGUCAUUGCUGUCUUAGCAAUUUCGACUAAUAAGUUGAAAGUUUUUUGCUUUAUUUCCUCUGUGUAAUAUAUUCUUUUUCGGCAUAAUGUCAUUGUAGAAUUUAAAAAAAAUGGAAUCGUUGCUAGAGUCGAGAA